CAUGGUGGUGAGAUGCUAAUAUAAUCAUAUAUUUAUAUUAUAAUUAUACGUUUCAACUUUUAUUUACUGCCAUGCCUUUCCUGCAAAGACCUGAUAUAAACUAUUAUCAGCACAAGGCAGGAAGCGUUUUGCUGUGUUUUUCGUGCGUCUCAAAGUUUCAGCACCUUCCUUCCUGCGCUGUAAUGACUCGAUAACAGAAAAAAAUAAAGAAAACUUCUUCCUGGAACUGAAUGUGAACCGCAGAAUAACGGUAGCAGUCAGAGAGCACCUCUUCUGUAACCAACCUAUGAAUCAGUGACUCACCGAAAUGAAGCUCUUGUUAGUGCUGACGUUCUUGCUGACCACUAUUGUGCUAUGUGCUACGAAGUCGAGACCCAACUUUGUUCUGAUAAUGGUUGAUGACCUUGGAAUUGGAGAUGUGGGAUGUUACGGAAACACAACACUCAGGACACCAAAUAUAGACAGAUUAGCUACAGAAGGGGCCAAGCUAACCCAACACAUAGCGGCUGCUCCAUUAUGUACACCUAGUCGAGCAGCAUUCAUGACUGGCAGAUAUCCUGUGAGAUCAGGAAUGGCUUCUAAUACGGUAUCUGGAGUUUUCAUAUUUGCUGCAUCUUCUGGUGGACUUCCAAGAACUGAAGUGACUUUAGCUAAAAGUUUGAAAAACGAAGGUUAUGCUACUGCACUUAUAGGAAAAUGGCAUCUUGGACUAAGCAAGGAAGAGAAAGAUGACUUCGAACACCAUCCUCUUAAUCAUGGGUUUGACUAUUUCUAUGGACCUACAGUGACACAAAUACGAGACUGCAUCCCAGGACAUGGGAGUGUAUUUCUGAUUGGAGCAUCCCAGCGUCUGAAGCACCUAUUUAUAAUUAUUAGUAUAACGUUCUUCACAUUUAUUUUCCUCAAGUACAUCGGGCUGAUCAAAAUACCCAUAAGAGUCUUUGGAUAUGCUCUACUGGCUGUCAUUAUUUUUGUUGUAACAGUGGUAUUCUUUUUUAAGAAUUUUCGCUAUUUGAAUUGUCUUUUGAUGAGAAAUUACGAAGUUAUCCAGCAACCAACAAAUUAUGAGAAUCUGACCCAAAGGAUGACAAGUGAGGCGAUUAAUUUCAUAGUUGGGAAUAAAGAGAAGCCCUUUCUUCUAUUUAUGUCAUACAUUCAAGUGCACACAGCUCUGUACGCUUCUGCUGAGUUUAGAGGAAAAAGCAAGCAUGGCAUUUAUGGGGAUGCUGUUGAAGAGGUAGACUGGAGCGUAGGAAAAAUUGUCAGUGAACUGCACAGAAAUAAACUACAAGACAACACAUUGGUAUAUUUUACAUCUGAUAAUGGAGGACAUUUAGAAGAAGUUAGCUCUUCUGGUGAAGUUCAUGGAGGAUAUAAUGGAAUCUACAAAGGAGGAAAAGCAACGAAUUGGGAAGGAGGAAUACGUGUUGCUGGACUUCUUUAUUGGCCUGGAGUUAUAAAACCUGAGACGGUAAUUGAUGAACCAACAAGUAACAUGGACAUAUUCCCUACAGUUGUGCAGCUCGGUGGUGCACCUCUUCCACAGGACAGGAUUAUUGAUGGAUUUGACCUGAUGCCUUUAGUUCAAAGAAAAAAUGGCAGAUCUGAACAUGAAUUCCUCUUCCAUUAUUGUGAUAUACAUUUAAAUGCUGUAAGGUGGCAUCCAAGAAACAGUUCAUCUAUUUGGAAGGUGUUCUUCUUUACUCCGAUCUUUAAUCCUGAAGGAUCUGAAGGCUGUUUUAAAACCCUUUCCUGUCCCUGCUUUGGAGCUAUAACUCAGCAUGAUCCUCCAUUACUUUUUGAUCUGUCCAAAGAUCCAAGUGAAAAGAAUCCUCUCACACCAAAGACUGAACCUAAUUUCUAUAAUAUUCUUAGAACAAUAGAAGAAGCAACAAAGAAACAUAACGGAACUCUUCAAGUGGUAGAUAAUGAGUUAGCAUGGAAUAAUUUCAUUUGGAAACCAUGGCUUCAGAUCUGCUGCUCAUCUUGGUAUGAAUUUUGUCGCUGUGACCAUGAUGUAGAGAGGCUGUGAAUAAGGGUAGGUUCACACAUGUGUUUAGGAAUCGAGUCGCCUGAUCCAGCAAAUGAACAGCCUACUACAUGUCAUCAUAUCCAGCAUAGCCAGCUACUGCAGUUCAUUGCCAGAUCUCCAGAGACUAUAACAGGGUCUGGUGGGAAACUGGCCACAUUCUGGUGAAAUGCUGGAAUUCAGCAGGACAAAGUCAUACAUGACAGACUUUUUGUUCAGCUUAAAGCUGGCAUUUAUGCAGAAAAAAUGAUCGGAUCCCUGCCGGAUCUCACUAUAGUCAAUGGGGUACAGCAGUGCUUGGCCAUGUACAGCAAUUCUGGAUCCGGUCAACUCUGGAAGACUGUUACUCUGUUGGAGCAGCCUACUUGAUUUCAGAAUGCUAGUGUGAAUAUAAGAAUAGAAAAUCAAUGGUAAAUAUGGAUUUUAUGUCCCUAAGAAAAAUAAAGCUAAAGCAUUAUCUCCUUUUGUCUCAUUAUAUGGAUGCAUUGUCUGCAUUGCAGGUUGUUGGUUGAUUUCAAAGCGGUGUAUAAAUUUGGCUUUCCAUUAGAAGGUUGUUAUAUAAUUUCCUGAAAUGGGUUGUGUAGCUGGUACAAAUUAAUGAUAUCUUCAGACUAGAUCAACAAUAUCUGGCCAGGGUCUGGCUCCCAGCAGCCCCACCCAUCAGCUAUUUGAAGAGGAGGCAUUACUCAUAAGAGUGCUGCUUCCUCUUCAAGAGUACAUAGUGCUUCACUUGAAUGGGACAAGUACUUGUAAAUACCCUGUGCCACCACUACAAGCCAGAUGACAUGCAAGGUUUUCAUUAAGAGGCAAGUGGUACUUGCAUGAGCUCCUCUUCAAACAGCUGAUUAGUGGCCGUUGGAACCCACCGUUUAGAUAUUGAUGACCUAAGUCAUCAAAAUGUACUGGCUGAACAACCCCUUUAAUUCUAUUACUGCUAUUACAUAUAUACAUGUAUUGUUAGCUAGGAUCUCUGAAAUUUCAAGAUACAGGUGUCGCAACUAGAGGCCCAAUAAUGUAUCAUGAACAACUAAAGGGGAACCAUGUGUUGUAUUGAUUUUUUUCUCAAUCACAUUGUUUCAUUGCUUUUUUGAAUAAAACUGAGAAAGCUGCAUCAUA